UGACAGGGCAUGCAGCGGAGAGAAGUAAGAUGGCGCCCGGGGUAUUGAUGUAGCUCCUUUGGCUGGCCAUUCUCUCGCUGUCUAGGACUUAAGCAACGGGUAAUCCUACUCAGGUAGUUUUAGGAGGGUUUUAUCCUUCUAUUUGACGAGUAUCAGAAGCACAGAGGCUGUUUCUAGAGGUUACUGCUCGUUUUAAGUUCAACUUGCCUCUUGGUACAGGGAAGUAUGAGCAAAGAAGAAGAGAAAGAGUCUGUUGCAUUUGGUGAUUUUUCUUUUGAUGAGGUGAAGGUUUUGCUCAACGACAACGAAUCAGCAGUUCUGUUCUCGGACCCAGUAUCAGUAGGGGGAAACGGAGGUAGCUCAGAUUCAAAGAGACACCAGUACUCAACUGCAGCUGCUCCUAAUAGUCCAGGUGGCUUAUAUCCAACAACUAUCGCUCCUCCCACUGUACCGCCCACGUUCCCAGGUCCGCCAGAGUUCUUAUUCUCAAUACCUUCAGCCGACUACACCAAGAACUAUCAGUUUGGAUCCCUUCCCACUACUUUAGUGAUGAGUGUUCCUCAAGUCGGGUCUUUUGUUUCCGCGGGGCCCCCCCUUAAUUCAGUAUCCGGUGGGCGUGGCCCCGUUAGACUCAACGUUUUUGCGAAAGAGUUUGUUCCGACGUACGUCCCACCACACCUCUCGAUAAUAUCAAAAGGUGAGGGUGUGGUCAUGGGCGGGGCUUACACUAUGCCUCCAAUCAUACCUCAGCCGUUCAUGUUUUCUCACCCGUCCUACGGGGCCCCGCCCAUCAUCUAUCCUACCAUUCCUCUUCAAAUGAUGGGCCACACCCAUGUAGGGAUACGCCCAUCAGGAGGAGCUGGACCACAGGUUGCCGUGGUAGCGCCUUAUCGUGCCGCUCAUGAGGCACGACCUCUCUUUGUACCGCCCGAGAAAAACUACGAGAGAAUGGGAGACUCAAUGUCUGACGAAACUGGAGGGGGCGGGUCAAAUCAGAUCAAGUCUCUCUCACUCUCUCCUCAAGCCACACCUACUGCCAUGCCCACUACUGCUAGGAGUUCGUCAGUUGGUGAUGUAAGAGGAUUAGGAACUAGUAAUAAUGAUAAUGUUAAUGGGCGGAGUCAAGGAGAUGAUGAAGAAAAUGAAGUGAAAGUUGAUGACGUACAACAACAACCGACUGAUGAUCAGGAGGUUUUAUCUGAUAGUAAAGGUAACUCAUCUUCACCGUCCGGACAGUCCCCACCCCCUCCUCCAACUCCGCCCUCUUCUCCACCCACUUUCCCUUCAGCAGAUGUAAAUUCAACCGAUAGCAUACCUAAACCAGCACAGAACGAAUCUACCAUUAGCCCUAUAGAUACUAAUAUUAAUAAUGAUUGCACUACGACCAUGGACGAUACUUGUAACAACGGUCGUCCGUUAGACGAAGACACAGGAGACACUGGUCAACUGGAUCAUACUAAUGAUACUGACCAAUGGUCACCACCACAAGACGACAAACCACACCCACAAUGUAAUAAGCCCCACCCAUCAAAUGACAAACCACACCCACCAAAUGACAAGCAUAUCAUUGAAUCACAGUCAGACAGCGUAACCAUUAGCAAUAGACCACACCCAUCAAAUGAUAAGUCACACCCAUCCAAUGUAACCGUUAGUGAUAAGCCACACCUACCUAGUGAUAAAUCCAAUGGUAAAGGUGCUACAGGUAAUAGCUCGUUACGUUCGUGGGCAGCAGUUGUAGGAAAGAAUUCUCAGCAAGCUCCGCCUACUUCUCAAGGACCACGACCAAAUAAGGACUCGUCUUCUAAAGUGGGCAUGGCCAGUAAACCAGGAGGCAUGGCUGAAGGAUUGAGCAAAGACGAGCUCUCAAAAUUAGAAGAAAUGAAAAUCCAACGACUUAAACAUUUCGGAAGACAAUUGGAGGGUAGGCCUCUCAAUCAUAAUUCAAUUUCAAUCCUCCCGAGAGGUUUAUUAAACUCAUCCAAUCACUGCUUCAUUCACGCUCCUCUGCAAGCGUUAAUAAGUUGUCCCGAGUUCACUAAUCUCCUUCGCUCUCUCAGUCUUCCUAAAACACCAUCAAACGAUGCGUCAUCCCUGGCAACAAUCGUCACGGAGAACAUGGUCAAAUUUAUCGAACAUUUUUCUUCUACUUAUCCUCUGAAACCAAGCUAUGAUUCCAAUGGACGCCGUAAGAAACUUAGAGACUUUUCUUAUGAGAAGCCGUUUCGACCGGAUUUUAUUUACGAGAUAUUACCCAAAAUAAAAUCAAGUCUCUCAAUUCAGGGUCGUCAGGAAGAUGCUGAGGAGUUCUUGAGUUGCUUUUUAAAUAAAUUACAUGAAGAAAUGGUCGCCGCUAAACAAUCUGUCCUGACCCCACCCCCCACCACCAGCGCUAACGAAACACAGGAGCUGAAGACAGGUGAUAACGAGAGGGGUGGAGCCGAGGAAGAGGAGGAGUGGCAGGAGGUGGGGCCUAAGAAUAAAUCAACAAUCACUCGCCAGACGGAAUAUUUGUCCUCCCCAAUUAGUGAAAUCUUUGGAGGUCGGUAUCAUUCAACUUUACAUCGUCAGGGGAUGAAAGUAUCAGCUACAGUUGAACCAUUCUUUUCGUUGCUAUUAGACAUCAAACAAGACUCAGUAAAGAGUGUGAGAGAUGCGUUGGAGUUAUUAGCUACAAAGGAACCAGUUGAUCUUCCUGAAAAGGAUGGAGUAAGAUAUUCAAUUGGUGCCACAAGACGCACUACACUGAUUCAUUUGCCUCAUAUUCUCAUUCUUCAGUUAAAGAGGUUUAUCUUCGAAGGAUCAAAGUGUCUCAAACUUCACAAGAACAUAUCUUAUGAUCAUGAACUAGAAAUACCAAAAGAAUUACUAGCUCCUCCAGUGAAAGGGAAGAUUACAGCGUCACAGCGAUCAUAUACUUUAUGGGCAAUUGUCUAUCAUUGCGGUGAGUCUCCUAAUGGUGGCCAUUACAUCACUGAGGCCUAUCACCAGCAGUAUGGAGGUUGGUUACGUUACGAUGACAAUUACGUGAAACCUGUCAACUCGGACCAACUCUUCCGGCUAGCUCACAGAGUACCGUACCUCUUCUUUUAUCGGCAGUCAGAGUCCGGGGCCAGUGGGUCUUUGGGUUUUACAAAUUCGGCCAGUAACCAUCAUACCAGUGGGGGGAGUGGCCGUUACUAGGGUGAUUAAUGCACAGUUGCCAGGCAACGGUUAUUAUUAUUAUUAUUAUUAUUAUUAUUAUUAUUAUUAAUUGAAUAGCAAAUUAUUAUAAUUAUUGGUAUUUUAGGCAACCGAGAUAAAACUAGAAAUUUAAUAAAAUAGUUAUUAUUAUUAUUAUAAAUUAUUAUUAUAAAUUAUUAUUUUGAAAUUACAGUAUCAUUGUCUUGUUAUGUUUGAAAAUUUGUAAAAUUAAUAUGUCAUGUUUGAAUAAAAUCUUCCUUAUUAUUAUUAUUAUUAUUGUUAUUAUUAUUAUUAUUAUUAUUGUGUUGUUUGUGAUCCCUUUGUUUCCAUUUCUCUUGUUUAAACUUUGUCUCCAUCUCUCUCCCUUCUAUAUUAUUAAUAUUAUUUAAUUAUUAUUUUAAAAUGAUGAACAUCAAAAGGAGGUGUAUAUAUAAAACAAGAGUAGAGGAGAUAUUCCAUCAAAUAAAAAUCAGAGAGAGAGAAAUAACUAGCUAUGAAAGAUCAAAGAGUUGUUUCAAAAAGAAGAAAAGAGAAGAGAGUAUAAUACUAGUUUAUAAUGA